AUGGCAAAUGUCAAGAACUGUUCUGGUCAGAUUGAAACUGAGAAUGUUUGUCUGGAUGUGCAACAGGCUUUUAAAGAUGGCCCUGGGAUAACAGAUGCUGGCCUUUUUGGUGGCUAUCUGCUGAACGAAGAGGUGGUUCGGGGAACAGCACGUGUUAAGAUGGUGUUUGCAUUGGACUCGAGAUAUGCCAUGGAGCAGCGAAGGUUCUGCAUGGAAGUGGGGACGGAAAGGACAAAGAUAGUUGGAGAAUUGACACAGCACUUUAACCUGGAGGAGAAAGGUGAUCCCAAUAGCACUCGAGUUGAAUUAGCCAGAAUUCAAAAUAACUACGAUGACCAGAAUGUCUUUUUUUUUGCCAGGGCUAUCCGACUGUUCCCGAAAACUGCUCAUGUGGAAGGAAAAAGUCUUUUUAAAACUGAAGAGUUUUUGCUACCCAUUUGCAAGAUAAGAUCUCGUGUGGUUUGGCAUAAUGUAUUUGCAAUACUAGAGGUUUGGUUCAGGGCUCGAGAUCAGAGACUAAAGAUAAAUGGAAUGCUUCCAAUGGGAAGCUACCUGCAGCUAGACUACUUCCAAGCUGCAAUCCCAGCACAGGGCUCUGCCAGCCUACAGGCAUUACAAGAUGAGAAACUGAAUAAAGAGGCAAGUGACAACCUGAAACCAGGAGCGGGUUCUGUGGCAGCUGCCAUUUCCAGUGCAGCCAAAGCAGCAGUGAGAAGAGGAGAUGUCAAAGCAGCACCUAUCAAGCCACUACAGACAAGGAGUAGGCUUGAACCAAAAAUUGCACCAAAAGCUGUUAAACCUGUGCAAGUCCCGAAGUCUCAAGCGUCUAUCAACAAAACCAAAAAACUAGGACAACCAGGAGAAAAAUCUAACUGCAAACUGGCUGUUCAUGAUGAACCAGUGUCUGUCCCCUGUGAAGAACAAGAUAUGGAAGUCACUGAGAAAGAUCAACCACCAAGUUGCAAGGAACCAAUUCAACCAACUGAGAACGACACUGGGCUCCAAAUACCACCAGUACUGGGUACUGGACGUGUGGGCAAGAGAAUCUCUUUUGCACCUGAAAACUAUGUCUUUGCACCCAUGCCUGGGUUGGCCCAACUGAAGUUUCCCCCACUCAGCCCCCGAAGUGUGAAUAAUUUCUUUGCGAGUUGUUCUUGGAGUCCUGUCGAGCACAGAUCAAAAAAUAAUGUUGUUUCUUCCACAACACCAAAUUUGGUGACCAGAACUAGAAGUAAGCUUGUCCCAAACUUUGAGUCUGAGCAUCUCCCUGAAGCAAAAUGUGAAGACCCUGUUGGUGCUGUGAUUGAAGAAGUAUCUGCACCUAACAAACCACAAGAUUCUUCAGCAAGCUGUACAACUGAUGUCAGUGGACCACUACACAAUGUUGCUUAUUUCAGAGGAAUUGUUCAGUCGGGGACUGAAAGUUUGACGGGACUUUGCCAGCAGUGGGAAGGGCGGGCUAAUUCUGCAGAGGUUCCAGAUCAUGUUAAAGACUUGAUUCGCACAACUGUGGGACAAGCGCGUCUUCUCAUGGCCGAGCGAUUCAAGCAGUUUAAUGGCCUUGUUGAUGAUUGUGAGUUCAAGACAAGUGAAAAGGAAGUAACUUACACAGAUCUUGAAGGAUUCUGGGACAUGGUCUACUUCCAGGUUGAAGAUGUGAACAAAAAAUUUGAGCAUCUGAGAAAGCUUCAAGAAAAUAAUUGGGAGGAGCCAAAUGAGUUGCUGUCAGUGCCCAAGAAAAUGGUCAAGAAAAAGGUUGCCAUCCUAAAGCCCACAGAAGACCCUGCAAUUAAAGCCAACAAAUCCAUGAUCGCACCAAAAAGCAGUCUUGCUGCUUUAAAGGCGUCUAUGAAAGCCAAGCUGAAACGGGAAGUGACCGGCACCAAUAGACAGGAAAAUCAACAAGAUGUUAUUGUGUUUGAUGCAGGAUUCUUCAGAGUGGAAAGUCCUGCAAAAGGCUUUGCUGCAUUUCCCGACACUUGUUCUGUUGUCGAUCGGGUUUCACAGCAGCAACCAAAAGAACAGUGCACCCCUGUUAAAGGUUUGCGUGACUCAUCUACGCUAACCUCGUCUAUCCUUUCUACGUGUGAUGAACCAAAUCAUCAGACUUCAGAAAGAAAGGUUUCGAAAGGUUUACCAGAGACUGACGUGCCUGUAAUGAAGAAAGACACUGGCAGCUCCGUGGCAGAAGAGAGCACGGCACAAGACACUCUCCUCCAGAAGGGACAUGAAGAAGUAAACACUUCAUUAGACUUUGCAAAAUAUCUCCAGCCCAGAAGCUCUGUCUCCACUCUACCAGAGGUGCUAAAAUCUCCAAUCCAUGAUGGAUGUGAUGCUACAUCCAUUUGCACCAAAAAUUCCUCAUGCUAUAAUGGGAUAUCAGAGCUUUCGUCAUCUCCACUGGGUUAUGAUGAUGUGGAAAUGAAGAGUCCAGUGAGUCAGCAAUCUUCAACUGGUGCCCAAUCAAUUCCACAAGAGGUGCUUCAACAGUCUAACAUUUUAGCUGUGAGUCCCUCUUCGAUUUCAGUCACGCAAACUCCAUCCUUUGGUUCAGUUAAUGACCUGUUGGUUGCAGGAGCUGUUCUCCAUAAUGUGCAACCUGCAGAAAAUUGUAUGAGCCCCUUUGAAACAAUGGUUGGGACAGGCGACAGACAUAUGCUUCCACUUCAAGUAUCUCUUCAGGAUUUGAUAUCUUUCAGUCCUAGUGGAACACCUCAAUGAAGACUCAAAAAAAACGGAUGAGCAGUCCAUUAAAACUUCCGGCUUAUCUUUCACUGUGUAGACCAUGAAGGACUUUGUAGCAGUACUCUUCGUAGCUGGGAAUAAUUGUGGAUUCUAACUGAAUGGAGGCUGUCUUGUCUUCAAUGAAGAAAACCAGUGAAUGCCAAAGAUCAAAGCCAUAUUUGGUGUAUAAUUAUUCCUUUGACCAUGAAGUUUCACAUGGGGGCCGCAAUUCAACUGAGUUCUGGCCAGAUCGUGGUCUACUGUGACUUAAAAGGUCAUUUGGUCAUGUGUUAAAUGCCAUUAGAAGGCAAUGUGUCAAUGCUGUGCAGGGACCUUUCUGUGCACUGACUUGGUUUUCCAGUUAUAAGUUUUGACACAAGUCUGUCUCUUUUUUAUGAAUUGAUGAAUUAUUCUAAACUAAAUGUGAAGGAAGUAGAAGAAAAGCAAUAUUGUGCAUGAAUAGUGAGGCAGAAGGUUUAUGCCCAUCCCUCACCUGACACGAUUUCAAAUCCCAAGUCCAAAUUAUGUCGUUGAACAGCAGUGAGUUGUUAUACUUGGAAGGGAGAAAAUAUAUAGGGAAGCUUGAGAGCUAUUUAGUUUCUUGCCCCUUGCCACCACCAACUCUCUCAUUUCAUCAAGCUUGAGUGAAUGGAAAGACCAGCAAAUUACUCAUCCUUGGCUACACUGAAUAGUCUCAGAAAAAAUGAUACCUUCAUGAAAUUUUGAAUUGCUACAAAUUCUACCUUGUGUUAGAGGCUGAAGUAAUGGGUAAAUUUAAUGUGAAGCACUGCCUUUGUUUGUUUGAAGGAUGAUAGCUGGGUCAUUGCAGACACCUGACCAAUAAUAUUCCAUUGGCAUUUUGGAGCAAACUUCGUUUCAGAAAAAGUUGCAGAAAGGUGCAUUCAAGCAAGUGCACUGUAGACAUUGCUGGAAAUACAUUAACUCUUGCAAUGCAGUCUUCGGGUUUUAUCCUGUUUUAAAUUACUUGACAGGUCUGUCAUUACUACUCUUUACAGAUGACAGUUGCAAAUACUGCUGUUCUGUGACCAUCCAUAUUGUAAUUCAUGCGUGUUUCUUAGAAUUCUAAUUAGCAAUUUGAGAUGGUGUGAACUACCUUACUGUUGUCAUAAGUCAUUGCCCUAAUGGAAUAUUUUAAAAUCAAAAUAUGAUUUGUGUGUGGGAUGCCCAGAAGUAAUAAGUAAUGGUUUCUCUUUGAAAUGUGCCUAGUUAACGCUAAAAAUUGUGUAACCCGAAGGACUGUACGUACUAAAGCUGAAAUCCUGUACUGCUGUCGGAGUCCCAUUCCACUCCCCUGACCAUGAAUUAAAACUCAGGUUCUCUAAACAAAUGUAAUCAGCCAAACUUUGUGCUUUUGUUGGAAGGUUUUCCUAGAAAUUUUCUAGUGUGGCUCACACGUGUUCUCUGUCCGUUUCCAAAACUUUAUUGAAAUUGUCCAUUGGCUCAACUGCAAGUUUCUCCUGUUUUGAAGCUGCCAUAACUUUGAUCUUCUGCCCCAACUUGCUAAUUCCAUCAGUGGCAGAUACAGUGAGUUUAUUGUACUAUUUCUGUAUAAAAAUUUAAAAAAGUGAAAAUUAUGUAGUUGCCUGUUUCUUCAAAUUGCAUUAAAGUCAGGAAUUUCUUAUCUCUA